GAGGGUACCGGUGUGUUGGAUGUUUAAUUCAGCACCGGCCUUGCAUGACAGUUGUUUGAAUAACAAGUGGUUUGUUUUUAAAACCACAACUUUUAAAAUUUAGGUUCAAAGAAUCAUAGUAGAAAUCGUUAAUAAUAAUUUAAAGGAAAACCAGCAGAAAUUGAAGCCAACAUGUCUGGAGAAGUGCGUUUGAGGCAGUUGGAGCAGUUUAUUUUGGAUGGGCCGGCUCAGACCAAUGGGCAGUGCUUCAGUGUGGAGACGUUACUGGAUAUACUCAUCUGCCUUUAUGAUGAAUGCAAUAAUUCUCCGCUGAGAAGAGAGAAAAACAUUCUUGAAUACCUAGAAUGGGCUAAACCAUUUACUUCUAAAGUGAAACAGAUGCGAUUACAUAGAGAAGACUUUGAAAUAUUAAAAGUGAUUGGUCGAGGAGCUUUCGGAGAGGUUGCUGUAGUGAAACUAAAAAACGCAGAUAAAGUAUUUGCCAUGAAAAUAUUGAAUAAAUGGGAAAUGCUGAAAAGAGCAGAGACAGCAUGUUUUCGUGAAGAAAGGGAUGUGUUAGUGAAUGGAGACAGUAAAUGGAUUACAACAUUGCAUUACGCUUUCCAGGAUGACAAUAACUUAUAUCUGGUUAUGGAUUAUUAUGUUGGUGGGGAUUUGCUUACUCUGCUCAGCAAAUUUGAAGAUAGGUUGCCUGAAGAUAUGGCUCGAUUUUACUUGGCUGAGAUGGUGAUAGCAAUUGAUUCAGUUCAUCAACUGCAUUAUGUACACAGAGACAUCAAACCUGACAAUAUAUUGAUGGAUAUGAAUGGACAUAUUCGGUUAGCAGAUUUUGGUUCUUGUCUGAAACUGAUGGAAGAUGGAACGGUCCAGUCCUCAGUGGCUGUUGGAACUCCAGAUUAUAUCUCUCCUGAAAUCCUUCAAGCCAUGGAAGAUGGAAAAGGCAGAUAUGGACCUGAGUGUGACUGGUGGUCUUUAGGGGUCUGUAUGUAUGAGAUGCUUUAUGGAGAAACACCAUUUUAUGCAGAAUCUCUGGUGGAGACAUACGGAAAAAUUAUGAAUCACAAAGAGAGGUUUCAGUUUCCAGCUCAAGUGACAGAUGUGUCUGAAAAUGCGAAGGAUCUUAUUCGAAGGCUUAUUUGUAGCAGAGAACAUCGACUUGGUCAAAAUGGAAUAGAAGACUUUAAGAAACACCCAUUUUUCAGUGGAAUUGAUUGGGACAAUAUUAGAAACUGUGACGCACCUUAUAUUCCAGAAGUUAGUAGCCCAACAGAUACAUCGAAUUUUGAUGUGGAUGAUGAUUGUUUAAAGAAUUCAGAAACGAUGCCACCACCAACACAUACUGCAUUUUCUGGCCACCAUCUGCCAUUCGUUGGUUUUACCUAUACUAGUAGCUGUGUUCUUUCUGAUAGGAGCUGUUUAAGAGUUACAGCUGCUCCCACUUCACUGGAUCUUGAUGUUAAUGUUCAGAGGACUCUAGAUAACAACUUAGCAACUGAAGCUUAUGAAAGAAGGAUUAAGCGCCUUGAACAGGAAAAGCUUGAACUUAGUAGAAAGCUUCAAGAGUCAACACAGACUGUCCAAGCUCUGCAGUAUUCAACUGUUGAUGGUCCACUAACAGCAAGCAAAGAUUUAGAAAUAAAAAAUUUAAAGGAAGAAAUUGAAAAACUAAGGAAACAAGUAAGAGAAUCAAGUCACUUGGAACAACAGCUUGAAGAAGCUAAUUCGGUGAGGCGAGAACUAGAUGAUGCUUUUAGACAAAUCAAGGCAUAUGAAAAACAAAUCAAAACAUUACAACAAGAAAGAGAAGAAUUAAAUAAGGAACUAGUCCAGGCUAGUGAGCGAUUAAAAAACCAAUCCAAAGAGCUGAAAGAUGCACACUGUCAGAGGAAACUGGCCAUGCAGGAAUUCAUGGAGAUCAAUGAGCGGCUAACAGAAUUGCACACCCAAAAACAGAAACUUGCUCGCCAUGUCCGAGAUAAGGAAGAAGAGGUGGACCUGGUGAUGCAAAAAGUUGAAAGCUUAAGGCAAGAACUGCGCAGAACAGAAAGAGCCAAAAAAGAGCUGGAAGUUCAUACAGAAGCUGUAGCUGCUGAAGCAUCUAAAGAUAGGAAACUGCGUGAACAGAGUGAACACUAUUCUAAGCAACUAGAAAAUGAAUUGGAAGGACUAAAGCAAAAACAAAUUAGUUACUCACCAGGAGUAUAUAGUAUAGAACAUCAGCAAGAGAUAACUAAACUGAAGACAGACUUGGAAAAGAAAAGUAUCUUUUAUGAGGAAGAAUUAUCCAAAAGAGAAGGAAUACAUGCAAAUGAAAUAAAAAAUCUGAAGAAAGAACUACAUGAUUCAGAAGGCCAGCAACUUGCUCUAAACAAAGAAAUUAUGAUUUUGAAAGACAAAUUGGAAAAAAACAGGAGAGAGAGUCAAAGUGAAAGGGAAGAAUUUGAAAAUGAAUUCAAACAGCAAUAUGAACGAGAAAAGGUGUUAUUAACUGAAGAAAAUAAAAAAUUGACAAGUGAACUUGAUAAGCUUACCACUCUGUAUGAGAACCUAAGUGUGCGCAACCAGCAGCUAGAAGAAGAAGUAAAAGAUCUGGCAGACAGGAAAGAAUCAGUUGCACAUUGGGAAGCUCAAAUCACAGAAAUAAUUCAGUGGGUCAGUGAUGAAAAGGAUGCCCGAGGAUAUCUUCAGGCCUUAGCUUCUAAAAUGACUGAAGAGUUAGAAGCAUUAAGAAAUUCCAGCUUGGGUACACGAGCAACAGAUAUGCCCUGGAAAAUGCGUCGUUUUGCAAAACUGGAUAUGUCAGCUAGACUGGAGUUACAGUCAGCUUUGGAUGCAGAAAUAAGAGCUAAACAGGCCAUCCAAGAAGAGCUAAAUAAAGUUAAAGCAUCUAACAUCAUAACAGAAUGUAAACUAAAAGAUUCAGAGAAGAAGAACUUGGAACUACUAUCAGAAAUCGAACAACUGAUAAAGGACACUGAAGAGCUUAGAUCUGAAAAGGGUAUAGAGCACCAAGACUCACAGCAUUCUUUCUUGGCAUUUUUGAAUACGCCUACCGAUGCUCUGGAUCAAUUUGAAGAUUCCUUUUCUUCUUCCUCAUCUUCACUGAUUGAUUUUUUGGAUGACCGCUCUCCCUCCUGUACUCCAGCUAGCAAAGGCAGACGUACUGAUCCUGUUGAGAACACAUAUGUACGGAAUCCGAACGUCAAGUUUUACAUCCAGUCAAGGUCCACAUCUCCUUCCACAUCUAGUGAAGCUGAGCCAGUUAAGAAUGUAGACAGUACUCCACUUCCAGUUCACACACCAACCUUAAGGAAAAAGCCAUGCCCUGGUUCAACUGGCUUUCCACCUAAGCGCAAGACUCACCAGUUUUUUGUCAAAUCUUUUACUACUCCUACCAAGUGUCAUCAGUGUACCUCUCUGCUGGUGGGUUUGAUGAGACAGGGCUGUUCCUGCGAAGUCUGUGGAUUCUCAUGUCAUAUAACAUGUGUAAACAAAGCUCCCACCACAUGUCCAGUUCCUCCUGAACAGACAAAAGGUCCACUUGGAAUAGAUCCUCAGAAAGGAAUAGGAACAGCAUAUGAAGGUCAUGUCAGGAUCCCUAAGCCAGCUGGAGUGAAGAAAGGGUGGCAGAGAUCAUUGGCUGUAGUUUGUGACUUCAAACUCUUUCUGUAUGAUGUUGCUGAAGGAAAAGCAUCUCAGCCCAGUGUUGUAGUCAGUCAAGUGAUCGACAUGAGGGAUGAUGAAUUUUCUGUGAGUUCAGUCUUGGCUUCUGAUGUUAUUCAUGCGAGUCGAAAAGAUAUACCCUGUAUAUUUAGAGUCACAACUUCCCAGCUGUCAGCGUCGAAUAACAAAUGUUCCAUCCUGAUGCUGGCAGAUAGUGAGAAUGAGAAGAGCAAGUGGGUGGGAGUGCUGAGUGAAUUGCACAAGAUUUUGAAGAAAAACAAAUUCAGAGACCGCUCAGUCUAUGUUCCCAAAGAGGCUUAUGACAGCACUUUACCCCUCAUUAAAACUACCCAGGCCGCUGCCAUCAUAGAUCAUGAAAGAAUAGCUUUGGGAAAUGAAGAAGGUUUAUUUGUUUUGCACGUCACCAAAGAUGAAAUUAUUAGAGUUGGUGACAAUAAGAAGAUUCAUCAGAUUGAACUCAUUCCAAAUGAUCAGCUUGUUGCUGUGAUCUCAGGACGAAAUCGUCAUGUACGACUUUUUCCUAUGUCAGCUUUGGACGGGCGAGAGACUGAUUUUUAUAAGCUGGCAGAAACCAAAGGGUGUCAGACCAUAACUUCUGGGAAAGUGCGUCAUGGAGCUCUUACAUGCCUGUGUGUGGCUAUGAAAAGGCAGGUCCUCUGUUACGAACUAUUUCAGAGCAAGACCCGUCACAGAAAAUUUAAGGAAAUUCAAGUCCCAUAUAAUGUCCAGUGGAUGGCAAUCUUCAGUGAAUACCUCUGUGUGGGAUUCCAGUCAGGAUUUCUAAGAUACCCCUUGAAUGGAGAAGGAAGUUCAUACAGUAUGCUCCAUUCAAAUGACCACACACUGUCAUUUAUUGCACAUCAACCAAUGGAUGCCAUCUGCGCGGUUGAGAUCUCCAGUAAAGAAUACCUGCUGUGUUUUAACAGCAUUGGGGUGUACACUGACUGCCAGGGCCGAAGAUCUAGACAACAGGAAUUGAUGUGGCCUGCAAACCCUUCCUCUUGUUGUUACAAUGCACCCUAUCUCUCAGUGUACAGUGAAAAUGCGGUUGACGUCUUUGAUGUGAAUUCUAUGGAAUGGAUUCAGACCCUCCCACUCAAAAAGGUUCGACCCUUAAACAGUGAAGGAUCAUUAAAUCUUUUAGGCUUGGAGACAAUUAGAUUAAUAUAUUUCAAAAAUAAGAUGGCAGAAGGGGAUGAACUGGUAGUCCCUGAAACCACGGAUAACAGUCGGAAACAGAUGGUUAGAAACAUGAACAACAAGCGGCGCUACUCCUUCCGAGUCCCAGAAGAGGAAAGGAUGCAGCAGAGGAGAGAGAUGCUACGAGAUCCUGAAAUGAGAAAUAAAUUAAUUUCUAAUCCAACUAAUUUUAACCACAUAGCACACAUGGGUCCAGGGGAUGGAAUACAGAUCCUAAAAGACCUGCCCAUGAACCCUCGGCCUCAGGAAAGUCGGACAGUGUUCAGUGGCUCAGUCAGUAUUCCAUCCAUCACCAAAUCCCGCCCGGAACCAGGUCGCUCCAUGAGCGCCAGCAGUGGUCUGUCUGCAAGGUCAUCUGCACAGAAUGGCAGUGCAUUAAAGAGAGAAUUCUCUGGAGGAAGCUACAGUGCAAAGCGACAGCCCCUGCCCUCCCCGUCAGAGGGCUCCCUGUCUUCUGGAGGCAUGGACCAAGGAAGUGAUGCACCGGCCAGGGACUAUGACGGAGAGGACUCUGAUUCGCCGAGGCAUUCCACGGCUUCCAACAGUUCCAACCUGAGCAGCCCUCCCAGCCCAGUGUCACCAAGAAAGACCAAGAGCCUCUCUCUGGAGAGCACUGACCGUGGGACCUGGGACCCCUGAACUGCUUCAGCCCUCAGACCAGAGCCGCUUCUCCCUUAGCCACCCUCGUCUCCUCCCUCCACUCUGCCGGACGCCAGCCAGCAGGGUGGGGAGUCAGGAAUUCUGACCACACGACUCCAGAUCCUCGCCCCUCAACUUGACUGCAACAACCAUACAGGCAGACUUUCAUGGAACAGCCUAGAUUAACACUGAUUUCAUUUCAUACACUUAGAGUUGCUUUCCAUAGUAUUUUACCUCUUCCCCCAAAAAGGUAGCUUAAGUAGACAGAUGACACAAAUGUAAGCACUAAGAAUAAGAUUAGACAGACUUUGUUUUCACAGUAGAGUCUCUGUGUAGUCCCCAAAUAGACAUGGUCCCCGGGGGUCUCUCCAGCACCCACAGCGAAUGUCGACCUGAUCGUUGCCAGUAAAUCCUUAUUAACUAAGACAAUGCAUAUUUUACUACGAUACAGAGUUUAAAUAAAUACGCAGAUGUAGAGGGUAAAUACUGAAUGUUGUAUAUAGUAAAAAGAGGCAUCUUGUAUUCGAUGGAAGAUGGGUGCAUAUAUGAGAGAGAGCGUUUAACUUAAAGAUGUGUGUUGUUUCUUGUCUGUUUUCCAGCUGAGUAACUUAAAGGGUGGAAAGGCCUCCAGAGGAGUCAGGGUUCCCUUCAGCCGUGUCCCCCACUGGUGCAGGUCCCAGCCCCCAGGGGCUUUAGGAACAUCCGCUUUGGUUCCGUGGGUUUGGGGUGUGACCCGGGCGCCAGACUUAACAUCUGAAGCCUCUUCAGCAGCAGCAUCAAAGGCAAAUUUCCUUCUAUGCCAGACAUUUCUUCUAGAAUGUGAACCACACUUCUUGUUUUUGAUACUGUGGUACCGUCUGCAGAUGAAUGUAAAUGCAGGUGUCACACUGGUCCCUUCCGUCCGAGACACGAGACGCGCACUGCGCUGGCUUCUGAGGGCCGGAGGGGCCCACGGGAGCGCUUGCCCUGGGCUGCCACUCCGGUCACAGUGAGCUGCCCCUGGCUGAGCUGGCUUCUUGGGGGGUCUGUUUUGAGUGUGGGCAGCUUCCUCAGAUAAGCCUGGGAAAGGAGUUUGAUUACCAAAUAAUAUAAAACCUCAAAAGCAAGGACUUGAACAGCCUUAACCAAAUAUUCUUUCCCAUACUCAGUGGGAAGGGACCUGUUCACCGCGCGCAGCAGGAAGUGUGCCCGCUCCCCCUUGCUGCAGUGUGUGGGUGGUUUCAUGGCCAUCGGGAUCCCUGCUGCUUUCAUUACCGCAAGGAAGUGAGGUGCAAAACCAGGGCUUUGUUUCUCUUCAGUUCACCAGUUAAGCACAUGAGUAGAGAGAGAGAGAAAUAAACUUGGAAGUAAAGAGAAUUCUCCUCUUUUUCUUUUUAUCUACAUCGGUCUGAGAACUUGAAACAGGGUGGGUUGGUUGGUUUCCUCUCUCCUUUGAACUUCAGGGGCAGUGGACGGGGUUCCCCACAGCUGCUGGUCCACACUGCAGGGGGGAGCAGUCAGGGCCCCGAGUCCAGGCCCUCGCCUGCCUUCCCUCCCACCGUGGGCCACAGGAGCUGAGACUACUUCCAAGUCGAUACUCUUUGGAGAAGGUCACUGGGGUUCGGUGACAGACGAAAGAAUCCUGUUUGGGGAUUAGAUUGCAAAAGAUUGCAGUAGAGAAGUUGAAAGUAAUGCCACUGAGCUUUGACGUUAGACAUUCUGGACUGGGUACUUGCUCAGGUUUGACUGUUACUUUGGAUGGGCAUCAUCUCCCAUCCAGGUCUAAUCUCUUACAUCGUUUUGCUUUUGGAAAAGAGGUGUCAUGUAAAAAUAUUUUGUAACUCCUGGUAUCAAGGGUUGGACCUCCAGUUUAGUUAUUGCCAUAUGACUGGUAGCUCCUUAAACUUGGUCUUUCCUGGGGAAGGAGGGAACCAGCCAGCCAGCCACUGGCUGAGGGCCCGUGGCCAGCUCCCCACUGUCCUGACCCUCCCUGUCCCCGCCAUGCAUCUCCCUUCACCUACGCACCCCCUUCUCUUCCCAGGGACUCCUGGGACUCAACUCUAAGCCAUCAGUUUACCACUUUGACAGCUAAGUGAAUUUUGUUGCCUGUAGGUGCUUGCUUUUUAAAGGAUGCUUUUUGGGAUCAAAAUAUAAUCCUUUCUGAAGUCUGGACUCCACUCCAAUGAGUCAUACCCUCCCAUCAGGACAGAGAGCUUGUUCUGGCUGCUGGGCUCACAGGGUGUCACGUUAAUAUUAACCCAGUGGAUUGCAACGCGGCAUUUGGGUUUUUCCAUCGCAAUCAUACUUUCAGAAGCUUCUGAGAAUGGUUUGGAAAGAUGAGUGCCAGGGAAACAGAAGGAUCGUUCAAAGGGAUCACUAACAGAUCACGGUAAGGUACCUAUGCUGUCUGAGGUCAUCAUCCCUUGUUUCGUGAAGGAUAUUUUAAAAACGUAUACGGCAGCAGAAACUCAGUUCUCGUCUCAGUAGAAAGGAAAAAUACCCCAGGCCCCUCUGGCGUCCUCGGUAUGUGUUGGUAUUUGGUGCUAUCCAUGUCCAGCCAACUUAUCGACCCUUGAAUUCUGACUAAUCUUGUCAUGUGCUUUGGGUGUAUGAAAUUACACAUAUACAUAUAUAUUUCUUUUUGCCAAAAACGGAUGAUUUCACUUCUUUAAUGAUGUGUGUCCCCCCACACACGCACGUACCCCUACUCUUGGCGAUUUAUGUUCUUUCCCAGGGAGCGCAGUUUUAAGGCUAUGAGACAGAAAAGGGUCCAUCUCUAGUUUUUCAAGCAAUUCUUGUACCCAGGCUUCAGGGAAGAAUCUGAAAUUCCUUUAUGUUUAUAGCAACAGUCUGUCAUACCCAGGUGGCCCUUGGCCCUGCUCUGCCGUCCAUGAUUAGAAUCGUGUCAUUUUCAUUACUUAGCGGCCACAUCUACUUCUGUGAAGGACCAGUGCGUGUAAAUUGUAUGGACUCAGGUAUUGCGAGAGAAAAGCCAGAGCAGGGCUAGGCGGACAUCCCUACCCUGCACGUACGCAGGGCCCCUGGCUGGCCUUGGACAGUGGUCACGCACUGUGGUCUCAGCCAGGUGGGGCCUGGAGAAGCUCACCAUCCGUCUUUUGGACAGAGUGGCGCGCUCAGCAGCCAUCAGACUUGGCCAGAUCCGCUGGGCAUAGCAGGGAAGCAAUGGGCACCUCAAUCCUCACCACCCCAGGCCCAGCCCCUGAAUUAGCUAAGCCUCAUGACAUUUCCUUGAACCUCUCGCAAAAAACUCUUUCCUUGUUAUGACUUUAAUUAUUACUUGAGCCCAGAGUUUUCUGCGGAGCCCGGCACUGGGCAGCAGGCCAGGCUUCUGGUUGGUCCUCCAGGGACAGCUGUCGCACACAGAAGCCUUCACUCCUGGGGGAAACGACAAACAUCAACCCUGAACUUUCAUGAAAACAAAGUGACCUGCCUUUUUAUUUGAUAGUGUAAUAUCAUUUGUUUUAUAAAUUUUUUUAGGUUUUUUUUUUUCUCAUUGUAAUAUUAUUGUACAGUUUUGCAUGGCCUAGGUGUAAUCAUUUUUUUGUUUAGAGUAUAAUGCUGAUAAAUAUGUGUAUGGAAGGGAAAAAAUGUUGCUUUGGCCUUUUAUCACUCCUCAUUUCAUUUUGUUUGGUUUUAUGCCCUCAUGUCUUAGGGAACUUUAUAAGAGAUUCUCUGCUACCAAACAAUGGCGUGGAUUCUUUUGCACAGAAAUAUUUAAGGUGGGAUAGUAAAAAAUGUAACAAAAGUCUCCUCGCCAAUAUUUUAUGUUGGUAUCACUUAAUAGUAACCAGACUUUGAUGUAUUGCAAUAAAAC